AUGGAUUCCACUAUGCGUCAGUGUGCUUCCUGCAGCCGCAAUCUGCCUCGAUCGUCCUACUCAACCAACCAGUUCUCCAAGGGUCCCGGCAUGUCGCGAUGCGCGGGUUGCGUUCAUGGGCACCAUGUCGAUACUCCGUUGACUAGUGGUUUUGAUAGCGGCAGAUACAACAACUCUGACAAGGCCAGCUUACCAAUUCAUGAGCUCGACAACCCCUUUGCUCAUGGCGCGUUCCGGUGGGUAGCUAAGGGAAGCUACACUUCGGGCUCUCGCAAUGGUCAGGCAUGCGUCGUCAAAUGGUUUAAAACCGGCGCCGUCUUCGAGGAAGACUACUUCACUCUUGACAUCAAAGCUGUCAACAAGGCUCUAGAGAUUGUCAAUAAAUUCAAUCAGCUUAACGUAGUCAACAAAUCCGUCAAGAUCAACGUACCCUCUGUAUGGGCAUUCACUCGUGACGCAAGCGCACACUGGGCGGGACAACGUGUCCUAUGUGAACCAUUCAUCCAGAACUAUCAAAAGUUCAACAGCAACACCGGAUGGAGCGACGAGUCGGAGGCGUGGGGAGAGGUCAUGCAGGCUCUCAGUCACUUCAGCUACCACAUUUCAAGCGGCCAGUUCGUCCUAUGCGACCUCCAGGGUGGCAUCUACCAGAACGAGGUUGUCCUCUCUGACCCCGUCAUCUUGUCGCGAAACCGCGACUAUGGCGUGACUGAUCUUGGCCCUGAUGGCAUCAGCUCGUUCUUCAGCCAACAUCACUGUAACAACUACUGUCGCUCGAACUGGGCGCAGCCCAUGAACCCAGUUCAAAUCUUUCGCCCAGUCCCCGGUACAACCAUGAUGAGACGCACUGUACCUACGCGUCACUCCCGACCCAUGGAAACCUUUUAUGAAUUAUGA